GAUCCACACCUGCAGCCGGGCUAUCACUUUCAAGGCUCUUGACUCCUCUUUCUUCUCUCUCUCCAUCUGUCGUUCCUGAUCAUGUGGAAGGCUGCAGUGUUGACGUUUGGCCUGUUGGUAGCACUGGUGGGUAAGGUGCAGGCUGCAGAGGGCCACGCUAACUCUAUCUACGGGGUGAAGCUGUGCGGGAGAGAAUUUAUACGGGCCGUCAUCUUCACCUGCGGAGGCUCGCGUUGGAGGAGAGGAGUGGGCGACGCAGGUGAGAUGGGUGGGUGUCUGUGAGAGACUGUUUGUCUAUGUGUGCCUGUAUGUGUGUGUCAGUCUCUCUGUUCUCUCUUGUUGUACAUGUCUAAAUGUCUGUCUGCCUAUGUGUCUGUUUGACUGACUGACUGACUGACUAACUGCUCAUCUGUCUGCUAUUGUAGGACCAACCAUACUGAGAUGUUUUCUCUCGUUUAACUCCAUAUACUAAUAUCUAAUAUCAAUCCUUGCAAGAGAACCAGUUGUUCCUGUAGCCAUUUCCUUCUAUUAAGCAUUCAAAUCAUUUUAUCUUCCUCUUCCUUCCAGGUGACAUUUCCAUUGACGAGGAGACUGAGGCCUCCAACCCAUGGAGCUUCAACGCCAUCCCAGGCCUCGCCAGCAAGCAGCGUCCAGGAUUGGAGGCCCAGGGCUGGGCAGGCGAGGUCAGGGAGGGGGGCUCUGCUGCUGCUGUGUUCAGUCGUUUGGCCCGCUCGCCCAUCUCAGAGGAAGUGCUCGAGGCGCUGCGCAGCGCGGACAGGAAGGGGCGGGACGUUGUGGUGGGCCUCUCCAACGCCUGCUGCAAGUGGGGCUGCAGCAAGAGUGAGAUCAGCUCCCUCUGUUGA